AUGUCUCUCUGGCCACCGCGAUUCACAUCUCUAACUUCGGGCUCUUCGGGAAACGCAAACAGGCCGCCUCCUGCAUCCCCUCCACGCGCUUCGAGAGAUCAACAACCGCCGCUCUCCCCACGGCCCACCCAAUCCUCGAGUCCACGACAGCAGCCACACACGCGUGCCGUCAGCCACCCGUUACCGAGGAUUUUCGGAAAGAAGAAAAGUGCACCCGUCUUGAGAAGUAUUCCUCUUGAUGAACACUUGGUACCUGUGCUGGACGCUGGUCCUUCCGGAGCGUCUGCAACCGACAAGCCCAUCGGAGGUCGCAAGAGAGAUGAAGAGUUGAUUACACGCCAAUGCAUGUGCUGCGAUAACAAAGUCCGCUUUCCUCGCCAUCUCCACGUCUUUCGCUGCACCAGUUGCUUGACCAUCAACGACAUUGAGCCCUAUGUCAAGGAGGCCCGCGGUCCCAAGUCUGGAACAUAUCCAGCUCAGCAGCAGGGUCCGCGACUCGAACGUAGUCGAGCCAUCAUCGAUCGCUGUCUGAUCACCUACCUUGAAGCACGAUGCCGAAGAGGAGAUGCUCCAACCUUGCGAAGUGCUUCGGGCCUUCCGGAUCCUUUCGUUGGUGGUGACUCAACAACAGAACAUGCAACUCUGCAUCCACCUCCACGCUUCGAGCAGUCGCCUCCUGAGACGCCUGAGCUCCCUUCGGCAACCUUGAAGACUCCCGAUGAUUUCCAAUAUUUCUCAUACAAGGCUUCUCCUUCACCGAACAAGAGUCCUUCAAGACCCAAGACUGCUGCCUCGUCAUACACCGCUCCACAUAUGCCUCCAGUGCCACCGAUGCCUCCUCUGCCGCCAAACAGAAGACCUCCUCCACCACCUGGCUUUCAUUCCGCACCCCUUCCCAUGCGUCCUACGCCUCCUGUCUACGACGGCCCCAACUCUCAGCGUUACGAUCGUGUCAAGGUCAUCUUUAAGCCUCUUGAGGAUUAUAUGCUCAGCAGUUUUGGCGAUUACAACUGUCUUAACACUUGUUUCAGUACUGUACGGCAUCCGAUUGCUACACGCAGGAGGAGUGAGAGUGCUAUCAAAACUCCCNCUAGUGAAGCGGUCGAGGCUCUUACUCAAAACAUUAUAGAUUCAUUUUCCCAGCUCGAUGCAAAGACACUACUUCUUGGUGAUUUCGCAGAGAAUGGCGACUGGUGGACAGGUCGAGUCGCUCGCGAUUGUUCGGACAAACCUGACAAACGUGGCCACCAGAGCUCAGAAGGCAGGCGCUUGACCACUUCAAGGUCUCCUCACAUUGACUGGGAACAGCUCUUCCAUUGGUACGAUGUUAUUCACACUGCUGGGUCUAGGUGGCGCGACAGAGUUGCAAACAUCAGGGAUGUUGACCAGGAGAAGGUUCACGAACAUAUCCGCGGUCCUGUCAAUGCUAAGGAGAUUGAUGAAGAUAUUGCAGAAGCCCGACUCCAUGCCGAACGAGCUUUGCUGAAAAUUACCGAGAACAUUUUAAAACGACCUACUCGACCUCUGGUUGAACCAGACAAUGUACGCUUCCUGCUUAUCGUCUUGGCAAAUCCUUCAUUAUACCCUCUAAUGCGGACAACCUGCAACCGACCGCCAGUGCCACGCACUCCUUCUGGGCUCAAGAGCUCAACUCUGGCGCCGCCAUCUACUCUGAAGCUUCCAUCUCCACAGAAGCCGUCAGGUACUCCCAUCGGGAACGAGCCAGGGCAGCAUGCUGGCAUACUCAAGCGUAUCUUUGGCUUGAUCGCCAAUUCUUCUGAUAAUUGUCAUCGCUGCCUUACCAAUUGGUUCAGUAGACUACCAGAGCAACAAUUUGUCAAGAUGGUUGAUCUGGUCGCGAGGUUCGUCACAUAUCGACUUUCGCGACGGAAGAGCCGACCUCGCAGUGUCAUACCUCAAGAUGGUGGCCUCAUUCCUGAUUUGUCUGGAUCUGCGAGGAACACUUUCGCUCAACUCCAGUCGGCAACUGGACUGAGUGGUAGCGGAAGUGGAGCUGGGAGAAACAAGAUGCCACAGAUGGAGACUAUAAGCGUGAUCGACUAUAGUGAAGACUGGCAAUUGAAGGCUGCUGCCAAAAUAAUGGCAAUGUUGUUUGCUGCAAAUAACACAUGGCAGACGAAGAGAGCUGGCCUCACUCCUGCUCAGACAAGCCUGAACUCCCUUUCUAAACCACGUACAAAGAUGCACGGACAACUGUUGCCUACCUCGGAUUUCUAUAACACGCUACUCGACUAUUACGAUCUGGUCGCAGAUUUCAAGGCUUGGGAGUCGAAGAAAGCGAAGUUCACCUUUUGUCAAUACCCACUCUUCCUUUCUAUGGGCGCCAAAAUUCGACUCAUGGAGUACGACGCUCGUCGACAGAUGGAGAUCAUGGCUCGUGAGGCUUAUUUCGACUCUGUCACCACGCGCAGAUCUAUCGAUGGUUACUUCCACCUUCGUGUGAGACGUGAGUGCAUGGUUGAUGACAGUCUGAAGCAAAUCAGCGGUGCUGUAGGAUCGGGUCCAGAGGAGCUAAAGAAAGGUCUCAAAGUUCACUUCACGGACGAAGAAGGUGUUGAUGCAGGUGGUUUGAGAAAAGAGUGGUUUUUGACAGUAGUCAGGGAUAUCUUCGACCCUAAUCAUGGCAUGUUUCUAUAUGAUGAUGACUCGGGCUUCUGUUACUUCAAUCCAUCAUCUUUCGAGACGAGCGAUCAAUACUACCUCGUGGGAGCUCUCCUCGGACUCGCAAUUUACAACUCGACCAUCUUGGAUGUAGCGCUUCCGCCAUUCGCCUUUCGCAAACUGCUCGCUUCGGCCCCUCCUUCGACUCAAAAUCCUGCUCUUCCGUCGAGUGGUAGGACUCAAGUAACCUAUACUCUCGAAGAUUUGGCAGAAUGGCGGCCUAUGCUGUCAAAGGGUUUGCGCGAUCUUCUAGAGUUCGAUGGCGACGUCGAAGCAACCUACUGCAGAGACUUUGUCGCAAGUGUCGAGCGGUAUGGUGCAGUGACGGAUGUUCCACUCAUCCCUGGCGGUGAAGCGAUACCGGUCACCAACGAGAACCGCCGUGAGUAUGUUGACGCCUACGUACGCUACCUGCUCGACGCAUCUGUGGCUAGACAGUUUGAGCCCUUCAAGCGUGGCUUCUUCACCGUGUGUGCUGGCAACGCUCUUUCCCUUUUCCGUGCUGAGGAGAUCGAGCUCAUGGUUCGCGGUUCUGAUGAGGCUCUUGAUGUUGACUCGCUCAAGGCGGUUGCUGUGUACGAAAACUGGCGCGAGGUUUCUCCACCGCACAAGCCUCUGCCUAACCCUGCCGAUCAAGUGCCGGUGAUAUCCUGGUUCUGGGACUGUUUUCGAAGUGCCACGCCCGAAGCACAGCGAAAGCUUCUUGGUUUCAUUACUGGUUCCGAUCGCAUACCUGCUGUCGGUGCCACAAAUCUUGUUCUUCGCAUUGUCUGCGGUGGUGAUGGAACUGCUGGCCAAGGACAGAGCGAAGGCAAGGAUAAAGAGAGGUUCCCUAUCGCGCGAACGUGCUUCAAUAUGUUGGUGCUUUGGGGCUAUGAGAGCAAAGAGAAGCUCGAAGAGAAGCUUUGGCGGGCUGUGUCUGAGAGCGAAGGGUUUGGAUUGAAGUGA